CGUAACGGCGCAUGCGCAUCAGUCAGCUAACCAUUCGGCUACGUGUACCCGGUGUGUGAAAGUGUUCAGGUAUCGCAUCUUUGCUGGUUAACAAGCUGCCAUUAACACCUAAAACGCCCUAAAAGAGCGGAAUUAUGGGAGGUGCGCAGAGUAUGGAGAUACCGGGAGGAGGCUCCGAGGGCUACCACGUCCUCCGGGUUCAAGAGAACUCGCCAGGACAUCGCGCAGGACUGGAGCCUUUCUUUGACUUUAUUGUCUCCAUCAACAACACCAGACUGAACAAGGACAAUGACACAUUGAAAGACUUGCUGAAAGCCAGUGUGGAGAAACCAGUUAAGAUGCUAGUUUACUCCUCAAAGACCCUGGAGCUGCGGGAGUCUACAGUCACCCCUAGCAACCUGUGGGGGGGCCAGGGCUUGCUUGGUGUCUCCAUUCGUUUCUGCAGCUUUGAGGGAGCCAAUGAGAAUGUUUGGCAUGUACUGGAAGUGGAGCCUAAUUCCCCGGCAGCCCUCGCUGGCUUGCGGCCGCACACUGACUACAUCAUCGGAGCCGACACUGUUAUGAAUGAGUCAGAGGACCUGUUCUCUCUGAUAGAGAGCCAUGAGGGGAAAGGCCUGAAGCUCUAUGUGUACAACACAGACACCGAUAACUGCAGAGAGGUGAUCAUCACCCCCAACAGUGCCUGGGGAGGAGAGGGCAGCCUUGGAUGUGGGAUUGGCUAUGGAUACCUCCACAGGAUUCCCACUAGGCCGUUUGAGGAGGGGAAGAAGUUAAGCUUCCCUGGACACUCUCCCAGUGAGCCCGUCAGUCCGCUGAAGGAUGGAUUCACUGAGGUCCAGCUUUCAGCAGUGUCCCCUCCUCCUACUGCACCCGCUGUCUCUACGGGCCUUGAAGAAACACUGUCGGGCCUGUCGAUCAGCACGGCUCCACCCUCCAUGCCCAGGGAACUGCAGACAGGUUUGCCCACAGUUCCUCUGCUCCCCUCCUCCACCAGCCUCAGCCCCGCCCUCAGCCCACUCAGUCCACUGAAUCCCGCCACGACAGGUUUCAACCCCGCCACCACGCUACCAGGGUUGAUGUCCCUCCCCGGUGGCUUACCUCCGCUCCCCAACUUGCCUAACCUCAACCUGCCACUCCCAGACCUUAGUGCCGUGUCACUAGCAGGCACCUUACCAGUAGGAACUGCAGGUAAAUAAAGCACAGAAAACAAGCUGAGAUACAGGCAAAUAUUUUCACUGGCAUUUGUGACAUUUUGGGAAUUUGACUUUAUUGUCCUGGAUCUGUAUGUCUGUCUCUAAAGUAGCUGACUCAGACAAACUGGGUAAUAUGGUACAUCACCUCAGGAUAUAGUUUCAGGGUUUCCGUUGGGGCUUUUAA